UGAUGAUCCUGUUUUUACAAAUUUUAAUUAAUUUCUAACUUUAUAUUAGUACAAAAUGUUAUCACAAGAAGAAACUAUCAAGAGGACCUUGAAAAUGUCAUUACAAGUGAUACGAAAUUACGACUGGCUCUUAGACUUAUAUGUUUUGGACUUCUUUGUUGAUCAACACUGGGAAAAGCUACCAUUAACGUGGCGUGAAGCUUUCUACAAUAUGGAUCCUCAAAUUUUAGGCAAUAUAAUAGAUGGAAACUUUUCCAAUACAGUUCUACCUUUGUCAUUUUUAGCAUUAAUGAAGACAGUUCAGUGUUUGACUAUUACAAGGCAGAGUUUAGACAAAUGUGCAAAGAAAAAGUUAAGAGAACUUUCUGUUGAUACAUGCGGUGGCCAUCCAAGGCUUGCAAAUCUAUUUCUGAAGCAUGUAAAGUUAAAAAAGAGGCAUGAAAUUAGUUUAAUGGCAGAAGUUGUUUAUCAUACAGCCAGUCAAACUAACUGUAAUGGUGUCCUCGAUUUUGGUUCUGGUUUGGGGCACCUAGUGAGAGUUUUGGGGUAUAAGUACAAUCUGUAUGCGGCAGGGAUAGAGAGCCAGACACAACUGACGGAAGAAGCUAGAAAACUUGAUUUAGAAUUGGAAUAUACUGCAAGCAAACAUUUAUCUAUCGAAAGUAUGGAUAACUUGAAGAGACCAUCUCAUUACAAUAUGACACUAUCUUGCCACAGUCAGCUUUUGGAAUUGAAAUUACCGGGUUCUAUGAAUAAUUAUGGAUUAGUAGGUCUGCAUCCAUGUGGGGACCUCGGUCCAUUGCUGUUGAAGCACUUUAUUAAGUGCCACAGUUCUAAGUUUAUAUGUCUUGUUGGCUGCUGCUUCAUGAAACUAACAUCAGAAGGAUACCCUAUGAGUGAAUAUGUCAAAGGGUUGGACAGUGGCCUGUCAUACCCUAGCAGAGAGAUAGCUUGUCAUGCUAUUGAGGUCUACUGUGACAGGUUGAAGAAAGGGGACUAUGAGGAUUUAAAGAUACAUGCCUUCAGAGCAGCCUUGGAGAGGAUAUUAGUAGGAAUCAAUCCUGCACUCAAGCAUGCUCCAAUUAGGAGCAUAAAGCAUUCAGACUCUUUGACAUUUGAAAGAUACUGCAGCUUGGCGUUUGAAAGGCUCCAGUUGCCCCUUCCUUGUCACGAGGCGGUUUGGGCGCGCGCGCGUUACGAUUUGAUCCAAUGGCGGCGCGUGGUCAUCGUGUACACGCUGCGACUUGCGCUUGCGCCGCUCGUCGAAACUGUCAUCUUGUUGGACCGGAUGCUGUACGUUUUGGAACAAGGUCUAUCGUGCGAAAUUCGGCCUGUGUUCGAUCCUAAGAUAUCUCCCAGAAACCACAUAAUGAUUGCGAGAAGAACAUGAGAGAUUUUUGUUAUGUUAUAAUACAAUACUCGUAUGUUAUUAUUUUAAAAUAUAUCUACAAUCGUUUUCAUUAAAGACCGUGUUUGUAUUUAGAAUACCUCAUCAUGUAAGUAAAUAAAGAAAUAACAAAGUAUGUAUACAAUUAACAACAAAAUAAUAUAACAAUACAGAUCACUAACUACCUAACUACAUUUCAUAUAAAUACAUACAUAAAUCGUCCAACAAAAACAAAUUUACAAAAAUAUUUCAGACCUAGAUUUAUUAGGAUAGCUUAGUAACUAUAUUUACACAGGUACCUAUGUAAAUAAUGCCUUGUUCAUCAAGUGUUGUGAUUGUUAGUAGCUAACUACUUUCAGUGGUUGUUUCAAAAUGCAAAUGUCAUGAAAUUAUUUAUAGCA